CCUGCUGCAGCUGGCAGACUGACGGACCAGCAGCUCUCAUCUGAUGCUCUGGAAACAAACCGGAGAGUUAAAGGAAUAACAUUGUAAUGUGAGAGAAAGAAGGAAAGAAAGGGAACGGAAUGGAUUUGUUCGGGUUGCUGAAUGUAAACGAGCUCGCUGUAGCUUUGUCCAAACUCAACAUGUUUCCGUAUUUCGAAGCUGCUCAUUACAUCGUGUCAGUGAUGUGUUUACGGGAACAACCAGGAGCAUUAGAAGUGUCCCGCCGCAGUCCUUUUGCGUGUUGGUUCAGUGCGAUGCUGUACUGUUUUGGAGGAGCUGUGCUCUCAGGAGUCAUCAUGGCUGAAGCUCCGAUCGAACCGCUGGCCAACAGCACCAACAUCCUGCUUGCAUCUUUAAUGUGGUACUUGGUGUUUUACUGUCCUCAGGAUGUGGUGUACUCCAGUGCCUCCUUCCUGCCCAUAAGAUUGGUCCUCACGGCUAUGAAGGAAGUGACGCGUACGUGGAAGGUUUUGGGUGGAGUCACACAGGCGAGCAAGAAGUACAAGGACAGCCUGUUUGUAAUGAUUGCAGUGGGCUGGGCUAAAGGUGCAGGUGGAGGCCUGAUGAGUAAUUUUGAGCAGCUGGUUCGAGGUAUUUGGAAACCCGAAACCAACGAGCUCUUGAAGAUGACAUACCCCACUAAGGUGACUCUGAUUGGCUCAGUGCUGUUCUCUCUGCAGCAGUGUCAGUAUCUCCCCAUGCACCGGCCGCAGCUGAUGCUCCUCUACACCGCCUUUACUGUCAUCAAUAAGACGAGGAUGAUGCUCAUGGGUUCCUCUUUCUCUCUGUUGGCUGGACUUGAGUCGGCUCUGUACGAAGUGCUGUUUGCACGACCUGUGACCUGCUCUCCCUCGACCGAUCAGAACCAAUCCCACAUCACUUCUUCUUGCUCCAGCUCAGAGGCCAAAAGCUCUUCUUCUGUCAAGAAUGGCUUGUCGCGUCCACAUGAACAAAAUGAUCUGGAAAAAGACAAGAAAAAAACAGAAUAAUGCUUUUUUUUUUUUUUUCCCUUAUUUUUUCUGCACGACUGUGAUCUUUUCUCUAAAACACUUUUCCACUUUUGUGGGUAAAAAUGUGGGUAAAAUUGAGAUAUAUUAAUUUAUCUCUACAUGUAGCUGUAGAUUUUUUUUUUAUAUUUUAAGGUUUUGCUUGAAAUUUUGUAUAACCUUACUACAGAAAAUUUGUAGUAAAUUCUUUAUUAUUAUUUUUUUUCCAAAACUUUUAUCUGUAUAUUUGCUGUGGAUCUGUAAAUAUUUCUAUUAUGAUUUUAUAAAAGAAAUCUAUUCUCACGAUUAUAUUUUAGAUAUUAUAUAAUA